CCCAGACACACGGCCAGGGACAGACCCUGCCCCAGCUGAGAUCAGGGCCCCGUCGUGCUGGACGCUGUCCAGACACACGGCGAGGGACAGACCCUGCCCCAGCUGAGAUCAGGGUCCCGUCGUGCCCAGACACACGGCCAGGGACAGACCCUGCCCCAAGUCAAAGCAGGCAAAGGCAGGAUUCUUAUCUGUGUUUUGGUCUGGCGGGUCUGCGCGGUGCUGGAAUAAUGCAGAUCCCCUGCUCUUGGCCGGGGCGGGGCCCCUCGCCAAAAUAUUACAUAUGCCUGGCUGUAUUAUAACCCCCCGGCUGGUAAAUCGCCCCCUCCAGGCCUGCGGUUGGAGGGACGCCCUGGUUCGAAAUGAUGCAGCAGUUUCCUGUCAGGUUCUUGCUCCGAGGGCUUUGCCUCUGAAAGGCCUUGGCCGAAGGGUUGGAAACUGAUGUGUCAGCUCUUCCCAAUGUGAAUCCGGCUUCUGACUCUGUCGUGGGGGGAGAAAGGCCCAGCAGCCGCAUCAGCACCCGUGCUCCGCUAGCGACUCGGACAGGCGGGCGCCCGCAGAUCCCCCUACCCUUGGAAAUCCCCCAGCACGGUCGGACCCACAAGCAGCUGCCAUCUGGGUUUGGUGCCGUGGGCCGAGCCUCCCACGGUGAGGGGCGUGGGGCUGUAGCCAGCAGGUCAUAGGACAACAGAAGCUAAACCCAACGCACACGCAGAGGGCGAUGGCCGCUGAGACUCUCAAUUUUGGACCGGAAUGGCUCCGUGCGCUGUCCAGUGGGGGGAGUGUGGCCUCCCCCCCGCCCUCUCCUGCCAUGCCAAAGUACAAGCUCGCGGACUAUCGCUACGGCAGAGAAGAGAUGCUAGCACUUUAUAUCAAAGAGAACAAGGUCCCGGAGGAGCUCCAGGAUAAGGAAUUUGCUGCCAUUCUCCAGGAAGAGCCGCUGCAGCCGCUGGCCCUGGUCCCGCUAACGGAGGAGGAGCAGAGGAAUUUCUCCAUGUCGGUGAACAGCGUGGCGGUGCUGAGGCUGAUGGGAAAAGGAGGCGGAGCCGCUCCCGCUGGAGUCUCCCGGGGGAGAGGCAGUACCCGGAGCCGAGGCCGGGGCCGAGGCGAGAGCGGGUUUUACCAAAGAAGUCCGGAGGAGCCGGAGGGGGCGUUCGGGCGCGGGGCCCGGGAGAUCCACCGCAGCCAGAGCUGGGACGACAGGGGCGAGCGGCGGUUCGAGAAGCCGACCCGGCGGGAUGGAACCCGGGCUCCCUUCGAGGAAGGGGCCCCGCCCCCCCGCAAGGAAUACGCCCGCUCGGACAGCGACAACUGGCGGACGCUGCGGGAGGAGCAGGAGGAGGAAGAGGAGGGGGGCGGGGGCGCCGGCCCCACCCCCACCGGGGCGGCUGCAGGGGGCAGCUGGCGGCUCAGUGGGGCCCGGCGUGAGAGCGAGCGCUGGCGGUCGGCCAGCCCAGAUGGCGCGCCCCGCUCGGCCGGCUGGCGGGAGCACCCUGAGGGCCGGCGCCGCAAGUUCGACUUUGACUUCCGGGAGCGGGAGGAGGAGCGGGGCGGGCGGCGGCACCGGGGCAGCGACAGCUUCGAGGACGACAAGGACGGGCUGCCCGAGUGGUGCAUGGACGACGAGGACGAGGAGAUGGGCACCUUCGACUCCUCCGGCGCCUUCAUGCCCCUCAAGAAGAGCCCCAAGGAGCCAAUCCCUGAGGAGCAGGUGUUCGACUUCCAUCCGCUGCAGGAAGAUGAUGAGAGGUCGGAAGGGAAGGACGACGCCGAGCCCGGCUCGAAGGAGGCCCCCGAGAAAGAGGCCUGGAAGGAUCCCUCGAUAGCCCCGGAGGAGAAGCGAUGUUCCCCGCCCGGCGCCCCCUGGCUGUCGGGCCCCCCUUUUGCUGCUACUGUUGCCACUGCCACUAGUGAAUGUGAGAGCGCCCCACUGGGGGGCUCAGAGCCCGCCGUGCCCCUCGGCACCUGCGACAAGGAGCCGAAGCCUGCUGUGGAAGGGGACCCAGGCAUCCUGAGCCUCCCGUCUCAGCUCAGCACGGGCGCGGUCUCCACCCUCUCCUCCCCUUCCUCCACCACCAAUGCUGCUACUGAGUUCUCCAUUGGAGACACCGAGGACGACGACGGGAUGAAACAUCUUCAGCAGGAAGCAGAGAAGAUGGUGGCCUCGCUCCAGGAGAGCUCCAUGGACGAGGAGCGCUUCACCCAGGCCAUCCAGGAGCCGCGCAACACGGCCGCCGCCCUGCCCCUCUCCCACGAGGCCGCCAUGAAGUGGUUCUACAAGGACCCCCAGGGGGAGAUCCAAGGGCCCUUCACCACGCAGGAGAUGGCGGAGUGGUUCCAGGCCGGCUAUUUCACCAUGUCGCUGCUGGUGAAGCGCGGCUGCGACGAGGGCUUCCAGCCGCUGGGCGAGGUGAUCAAGAUGUGGGGAAGAGUGCCUUUCGCGCCGGGCCCGUCGCCACCCCCACUGCUGGGGAACCUGGACCAGGAGCGGCUGAAGAAGCAGCAGGAGCUGGCAGCCGCCGCCCUCUACCAGCAGCUCCAGCAUCAGCAGUUCCUGCAGCUCAUCAACAGGUACCUGCCCGACAGGCCGCAGUUCGCCCAGUGCGCGCUCCAGCAGAAGCUGGCAGCCGGGGACCUGACCCAGCAGCAGCUCACGGCUUUCCUGCAGCAGCUGCAGGCUCUGAAACCCAGAGCUGGGGAGCAGAACCUGAUCCCGGCGAUGAACCGCUCCAUGUCCGUGCCAGACACAGGGUCCCUGUGGGACGCACAUACCUCAGCCUCACAGCCUGCAGGCGGUGAGGCCAGUCUAUGGGAUUUACCAAUUAAUUCUUCAACUCAGGGUCCAAUCUUAGAACAACUGCAACUGCAACAGAAACUCCAGGAGCGCCGCGACGCGGAACUCAGGGCUAAGAGGGAGGAGGAGGAACGCAAGCGGCGCGAAGAGAAGCGGCGCCAGGAGGAGCAGAAGCGGCGCGAGGAGGAGGAGCUGUAUCGCCGCAAACAGUGCCGGCAGCAGGAGCUGGUGCUGAAGCUGCUGCAGCAGAGCCAGGCGCAGAGCGCGGCGCCCUGGGGGGGGCUGGCCAAGGCCCCCGGGGGCAUGAAGGCCCUGCUGGAGCUGCAGGAGAGCGAGCGGCAGCUGCACAAGCAGCAGCGGGCGCAGCAGAGAGUGCACGGGGGGCUCGGCAUGAGCAGCCCCUCGCAGUGGGGCGCCGACUCCAGCCUGCUGUGGGGCCAUGAGAAGAACAGCCUGUGGGACGAGAGUGGCAAGAACCUGAGGAGCCUGGGGCUGAAGAGCAGCCGCAGCAGCCCCUCCCUUGGGGACAGCUACGGGGGGCCGGGCCGGCAGAGCCGGAAGAAGACAGACGAGGAGGAGAAGCUGCUCAAACUGCUGCAGGGGAUCCACAAACCCCAGGAUGGCUUCACGCAGUGGUGUGAGCAGAUGCUGCACGUCCUGAACAGCUCCAGCAACCUCGACGGUACUCCUGCGCCCGGACGCCUGGCUUCCCUGCGCCCCAGGGGGAAAGGGGGAGGGGCUGGGAGCCCCAGGGCUCCUGGGGUGGGUCCCCGGCUCUUGUUUCCUCGGUUUCCCCUACUUUGUGCCUCAGUUUCCCCCACAUUGUGCCUCGGUUUCCGCCGCUCUCAAGCCUUGGUGGCGCAGGUCAUGACCCAGGAGGAGCGCAGCGGGAUGGCGUGGACCUGCGGGGAGGGAAAGGUGGGCCCAUCUGCCCCGGCAUCCGGCCUCCCGCCUCCCCCCCGGGGCCCAUCUGCCCCGGCAUCCGGCCUCCCGCCUCCCCCUCCCGGGGCCCAUCUGCCCCGGCAUCCGGCCUCCCGCCUCCCCCUCCCCGGGGCCCAUCUGCCCCGGCAUCCGGCCUCCCGCCUCCCCCUCCCGGGGCCCAUCUGCCCCGGCAUCCGGCCUCCCGCCUCCCCCUCCCGGGGCCCAUCUGCCCCGGCAUCCGGCCUCCCGCCUCCCCCUCCCGGGGCCCAUCUGCCCCGGCAUCCGGCCUCCCGCCUCCCCCUCCCGGGGCCCAUCUGCCCCGGCAUCCGGCCUCCCGCCUCCCCCUCCCGGGGCCCCAUCUGCCCCGGCAUCCGGCCCUCCCGCCUCCCCCUCCCGGGGCCCAUCUGCCCCGGCAUCCGGCCUCCCGCCUCCCCCUCCCGGGGCCCAUCUGCCCCGGCAUCCGGCCUCCCGCCUCCCCCUCCCGGGGCCCAUCUGCCCCGGCAUCCGGCCUCCCGCCUCCCCCUCCCGGGGCCCAUCUGCCCCGGCAUCCGGCCUCCCGCCUCCCCCUCCCGGGGCCCAUCUGCCCCGGCAUCCGGCCUCCCGCCUCCCCCUCCCGGGGCCCAUCUGCCCCGGCAUCCGGCCUCCCGCCUCCCCCCUCCCGGGGCCCAUCUGCCCCGGCAUCCGGCCUCCCGCCUCCCCCUCCCGGGGCCCAUCUGCCCCGGCAUCCGGCCUCCCGCCUCCCCCUCCCGGGGCCCAUCUGCCCCGGCAUCCGGCCUCCCGCCUCCCCCUCCCGGGGCCCAUCUGCCCCGGCAUCCGGCCUCCCGCCUCCCCCUCCCGGGGCCCAUCUGCCCCGGCAUCCGGCCUCCCGCCUCCCCCCCGGGGCCCAUCUGCCCCGGCAUCCGGCCUCCCGCCUCCCCCCCGGGGCCCAUCUGCCCCGGCAUCCGGCCUCCCGCCUCCCCCCCCGGGGCCCAUCUGCCCCGGUAUCCGGCCUCCCGCCUCCCCCCCCGGGGCCCAUCUGCCCCGGUAUCCGGCCUCCCGCCUCCCCCCCGGGGCCCAUCAGCCCCGGUAUCCGGCCUCCCGCCUUCCCCCUGGGCCCAUCAACCCCGGUAUCCGGCCUUCCGCCUUCCCCCUGGGCCCAUCAACCCCGGUAUCCGGCCUUCCGCCUUCCCCCUGGGCCCAUCUGCCCCGGCAUCCGGCCUCCCGCCUCCCCCCCGGGGCCCAUCAACCCCGGUAUCCGGCCUCCCGCCUUCCCUCUGGGCUCAUCAACCCCGGUAUCCGGCCUUCCGCCUUCCCCCUGGGCCCAUCAACCCCGGUAUCCGGCCUCCUGCCUCCCCCUGGGCCCAUCUACUCCGGUAUCCAGCCUGCCACCUCCCUCCCCGGGCCCAUCUACCCCGGUAG